AUGGGAAGACUUAAAGGGGGUGGUUCGGGGGGUGGAGGGAAAGAGGGGGGAAAACGAACCAGAUACAAGAUGGAGUCGUGCGGGAUGAAGCUGAGUUUCUGGGAGCACGGACCGAAGCCAGGGCAGUUUUAUUCUUUCCCCGGAAACAGCAGCGGAGAUGUCGCGGGCGGAACGGCCUGUGGACCUGUGCGUCACACGCUGAACCCCAUGGUGACCGGAACAUCCGUCCUGGGGGUGAAGUUUAACGGUGGCGUGAUGAUCGCAGCAGACAUGUUGGGGUCUUACGGAUCUCUGGCCCGAUUCCGGAACAUCUCCCGCCUCAUGAAGGUGAACAACAGCACAAUCCUUGGAGCGUCUGGAGACUACGCCGACUAUCAGUAUCUGAAGCAGGUCAUCGAGCAGAUGGUGAUUGACGAGGAGUUGCUGGGAGACGGACACUCAUACUCUCCUAAAGCCGUGCACUCGUGGCUUACACGCGUCAUGUACAACCGCCGCAGCCGCAUGAACCCACUGUGGAAUACUGUGGUGCUGGGAGGAUACGAGCAGGGAGAAGGUUUCCUAGGAUACGUGGACAAACUGGGCGUGGCUUAUGAGGCGCCCACUGUGGCCACGGGCUUCGGAGCGUACCUUGCACAGCCGCUGAUGAGGGAGGUGGUGGAGAAGAAAACAGAUUUGUCCAAAGCUGAAGCCCGUGAGCUGAUUGAACGUUGCCUUAAAGUGCUGUACUAUAGAGACGCACGCUCCUACAACCGGUAUGAAAUCGCCACAGUCAGCGCAGACGGAGUGGAGAUCGUUGGCCCUCUGUCCUCGGAGACAAACUGGGACAUUGCACACUUGGUCAGUGGAUUCGAGUGA